UGAUCCCCGUGUGAGCUCUACCCCUUUCCUGAGCUCUGCCAAGGUCAUGAAGACCGCUUUCACUGGACCCGAGUAGCGGGGAGCAUUACCCUGCACAUUUCCUUGCAGGAAAAACAUACUUAGUUUUGGGCGGGUGUGGGACUGCCUUUUACAUAGUCGGAUAUGAAGAGGCCGCUUUAAGAGGAGCACGUAGCUUCCGGGCUGUCGGUGUGGGUCACGUGGCAUAAGUGGCCUCCUUUGACGCCUGUUGAUGUCGCCGCAGUGCCCCAACGAGGGAUUGGCCGAGGCCGGUCCUCGGGUGAUGAGACAGCACCCUACCGGGAGCAAGGCAAAAGCAGGCAGAAAGUCAUCUGGGGUGGGAGAGGCAAGGGUCGUGAUGAGUGGUCUCGGCCGGCUCUUCGGGAGGGGGAAGAAGGAGAAGGAGCCAACCCCUGAAGAAGCAGUACAGAAACUGAAGGAAACGGAGAAGAUACUGAUCAAGAAACAGGAGUUUCUGAAGCUAAAGAUACCGCAGGAGCUGCAAACAGCAAAGAAGCAUGGGACUAAGAAUAAGAGAGCCGCCCUACAGGCUUUGCAGAGGCAGAAAAGAUUGGAACAGCAGCUGGCAUAAACCAACAGGACACUAUCAACUCUGUAGUUUCAACGGGAGGCCAUUGAGAAUGCCACCACCAGUGCAGAAGUGCUUCGCACCAUGGAGCUUGCUGCCCAAGGCAUGAAGAAGGCCUACCAGAACAUGGAUAUUGACAAGGUGGACGAACUGAUGGCUGACAUUACAGAACAACAGGAGGUGGCCCAACAGAUCUCAGAUGCCAUUUCUCAGCCUAUAGGCUUUGGAGAUGAUGUGGAUGAGGAUGACCUGUUGGAGGAGCUAGAGGAGCUGGAGCAGGAGGAAUUAACCCAGGAGUUAAAUGUGGGCCAGGAGGAAGAACCCCCAGUCAGACUUCCCAGUGCACCCUCUACACAUCUGCCUGCAGGGCCAGUUCCCAGAAUGAAUGAAGAUGAAGAACUAAAGCAGUUGGCUGAGUGGGUAUCCUGAUGAGUCUGGGCUUGUCUUCCUGAUGCUGCCUUCAUUGGUCUCUUUGCCUUAAGUGCCAAGUGCUGAGCGAAAGGAACAUAGCCUUUUUGGGGAGGUCCUGCUGAGGGUGAUAGCAUGACCCUGCCUGAGAAAAGGGUCUGUUGCCCUCCCAUCCCUGGUUCAACUCCAAAGAAGGAUCUUGGUACUAACAGUUCUUUUUGAUAACAGUUAAAGUGCCCUUGUUCUGAAUAAAACUGGGCAUAUGGAA